AUGUACGAGGCAGACCUAGGUCGGGUCAUGUCUGGAGCGGAGAAGGCUCCCACGCUGGCGGAGGAUGCCGACGCCGCAGCGACCGCGACGUACGAGAGGAAGCUACAAAAGUUCCAAGAAAAGAAUGGCAAACUCUACACGCGGCUUCUGCUGGCUACGUCGGACUGCCCGGAAGGAUACUCGAGCCCGGCUUCGCAGGUAGUGCAGUCGUUUGGGCCUGUCGGGGACGAGGAGUUCGGUGACGGUCGAAGUGCUUUUGUAGCGCUCGAGCAAAAGUACCGUGUCGAUGGCACUUUCAGAAUGCAGCAGCUAUACGAUGAGUUGGCCGCCGUUGCGGUCACCGCUGCUGACAAGUACGAUCCGGCUCGCGCAAUCCAACAAUUGCGCCGCAUCUUUCACGAACUCGGCAAACUCGGAGACACAGUCGUGAAACAACGGCAAGCACAUGCCAUCCUAAAGGCCCUGCCCGACAAGCAAUACGGCUCGUUCAAGACUGUACUGUUGGUAGAGUCGACCACUGUUGGUAGCGCGGCGGCGGAUCGGCCGGCAACGCUGGAGGCGGCAGCGCGGGAAAUGCGCAAGGUGCUCGCGGGAAUUAUCGCGGCAACAACGCCUCCGGUGGCCGAGUUAAGGGCCAAGGACACCGGUCGGAGCCAAAAAGGGCGCUGCCGCUACUGUCAUAAUUCGACAGAGCACGGGUGGCACAACUGCCCGCUCCGCCUGAGGCACGAGGCGGAGGAAGCCACUGAACAGGCUGAUACUCACCACACUCAAGACUCCACCACUCAGGCAUGGUUCACGCGGGUGGAGACUGAAGGCGAUGUGCUGGAGGACUACGCCAUCUCGUUCGGAAAAGACGUGCAGGUGCAGGAUGCGCCUGCUGCGGCGCAGCCAGAGGAGCGCGCUGCUGGUGACACGCUGGUGCAAGACGCGCCGGUGCCGACGCUGCAGGAUGCACGCGUUGUGUAUGACCCGCAGGUACUGGACACACCUGCUGCAGCGGUGGUCUAUGACCCUGCUGCCAACGGAUAUUCUCAGACGGAGGAGGCGCCUGAGGACACCGAGCUCGUUGCGUUCAGCAGCGUGUUUCAGGUGGACAAAGAGAAACCGCAGGUCGUUGAUGAUUCCGCCUGCUACAUUGAUUCUGCACGUCCAGCCACAUGGUGGAUGAGCAGUCUCGCUUGUCCCAUCACGUCCUCAAUCCGGUAGAUUGCGCUGUGCGCAUUAUCGGGUCGUGUGGCACAUCCGACGCAACCAAGAAAGGUACCCUGAAGUUUGGGGUGCGCAAUGAUCAAGACCAAGUCGUGCGAGUAGCUCUGGAGGUUCUGCUGGUUCGGGGCCUUGGAGCGAACAUACUUUCGGUUGGAGCGCUGGCCGAGAAGGGGGUGAUGUGUGAUCUGAUGUCUACCCCGCCGGCGCUUCGCAUGGGCAACCAGGUCUUUCCGAUCUCGACCGCAGUGCCUCGCAUGUACGUGCUGAAUGUCAUCAUCGACGCCGUCAACCUGGGCGCUGUAGAAGUAAAUCGCACGAAGGUAGACGCUCACCUGUGGCACCAGAGGAUGGGCCACUGCAACUCGCGAGCGCUGCAGCAGCUGGCGGACAAGGACACUACCGGAAUCAGGUUCAAUCGCAACAUCGAACCAGGUGACUGCGGUGUUUGUGCGGUUGGUGACAGUAAGAAGGGCAGCCACCCCCCGUCUAACCGUCCCCUCUCGGAGACUCGGCUGGAAAUUCUAAAUGCCGAUACGUGGGGGAAACAUCCUAUUGCUACAUACGGGGGUUGCCAGAGUGCCGUGAUGUUUACUGAUGACGCUACUCGCAUGAGGUUCGGCUACCUACUCAAGACGAAAGACGAAACGGCCGAAGCUCUUCAAACUCUGGUUCGGGACCAGGCCGACCCGCUUGGUCAGAGCAUCGGCACGGUGCACUGCGACGGGGGAGCGGAGUAUUUGGGCAAGUUUCUGGCGCUAUGUAAGUCGCUCGGAAUCAAGCUCACGAAUAGCCCCCCCUAUGUCCCGCAAGGGAACCCCAUCGCCGAGCGUGGAUUUGGUACCAUCAUCGGCACUGCCCGCAAGCUUCUCUUGGGAGCACCGCACCUUCCUCAACAGCUGUGGGGGGAGGCUUUCAUGACUGCAAUCUACCUCAAGAAUCGGACCCGGACCGAAGUCCUGGGCGGCAAGGCACCACUCGAGGUAUGGCAGGGGAAGCCGCUCGGAAAGAUGUUUCACAUCCACGAGUGGGGGUCGCUGGCUUUUAAGCACGAAGAGGUACGCGCCCGGUCGAACAAGUUGGC